AUGAAGAUAAAAACAAUAAGUCGAUCGUCAGAUACUUAUGUACCUGUACGAAAUACUCAAGAAAGUUCACUUCCUAGAAAUUUAAAUCCUGCAUUACAUCCAUUUGAAAGAGCAAGAGAAUAUACAAGAGCUUUACAAGCAACAAAAUUAGAAAGAAUGUUUGCUCAACCAUUUAUAGGUCAAUUAGGUGAUGGUCAUAGAGAUGGCGUUUAUGUAAUUGCAAAAAAUUAUAAUGCAACAAAUCAAAUUGCAAGUGGUUCAGGUGAUGGUAUAAUAAAAUAUUGGAAUUUAACAACAAGAUUAGAAACUGCAAGUUUUAAAGGUCAUAAUGGAAUGGUUACUGGUUUAACUGUUACUCCGCAAAAUCAAAUGUUAAGUUGUGGAGAUGAUAAACUGAUAAAGUUAUGGUCUGUUGAUAGUGAAGAAUUUGAUCAAACUAUAACUGAUGAUGAAAUUUAUACAAAUAAAAAUCAAGGAUUAAUAAGAAUUUUUAAUGGUGAACAUUCUUUUAAAGGUAUAGAUCAUCAUAGGGAUGAUUCAAUAUUUGUAACAGGAGGUGCACAAAUUCAAUUAUGGGAUAUAAAUAGAUCAAAAUAUAUAAGUAAUUUAAAUUGGGGAGUUGAUAAUAUAAAUACUGUUAAAUUUAAUAAAACAGAAACAAAUAUAAUAGCAAGUACUGGAUCAGAUAAUCUGAUAGUUUUAUAUGAUAUAAGAACAAAUACUCCUAUUCAAAAAUGUAUAACAUCAUUAAGAAAUAAUUGUAUAUCUUGGAAUCCAAUGGAAGCAUUCAAUUUUGUAACAGGUAAUGAAGAUCAUAAUGGUUAUUUAUGGGAUAUGAGAAAUUUAAAAAAAUCAUUAAAUAUUUAUAAAGAUCAUGUUGCAGCAAUAAUGGAUAUUGAUUUUUCACCUACUGGACAAGAAAUAGUAACAGGAUCAUAUGAUAAAACUAUAAGAAUUUAUCCCGUACUAGCAGGACAUUCAAGAGAUAUUUAUCAUACAAAAAGAAUGCAAAAAAUAUUUGCAGUUAAAUUUUCAAUGGAUUCAAAAUAUAUAUUAUCAGGAUCAGAUGAUACAAAUAUUAGAAUUUGGAGAUCAAAUGCAAGUGAUAGAUCAUCAAUAAAAUCAAUGAAACAAAGAAAUAAAUUAGAAUAUGAUAAUAAAUUAAAAGAAAAAUUCCAAUAUAUGCCCGAAAUUAAAAGAAUUAAUAAACAUAGACAUGUUCCUAAAAUUAUAAAGAAAGCUCAAGAAAUUAAAAGAAUUGAAAUUAAUAGUUUAAAAAGAAAAGAAAAUAAUGAAAAAUUAAAUCAUGGUGAUUAUAAAAGAAAUGAAAAAGGUCCUACAGAAAGGGAAAAACAUGUUAGAGGUACUGCUAUUGAAGAUCGUAAAUAG